AUGCAACUACAGCGCAUCGCGAUGUUUGUCACACUCGCCACCUUCACCUCAGCCGCGCCAGUCACCCAAGACAUAUCCCAAGAGGAGGCCCCGCUCACUGGAAGACAGAUCGCAUCAUGCGAGACUCAAACCGCCGCCACCCAGGUCGCCUGUAUCCAGGGCUGUGAAGGUGGCGCUGCUUGUAUAGUCAGCUGCACCGCGACUGCCGUUGAAGGGUAUAUCAGCUGUGCCGUAUAG